UUCCUUUUCACCAUCGUAUCAAGUUGUCAACCCAAUGGAUUUUGCAGAAAGCCGCCGGUCCCUCAAUGGAUCAUUUUGUCAAAGACUUGCUCUUUGUCAAAGAGCAAUAAUGUUCCCCUCAUGCAAUUAUAUAUAUUCUUCUCAUUUAUUAAAUAUAACAAAUUCUCGUAAUUUUGGUUAACAAACACACCGUAUUAUGAAGUCCAAAUUUUAAAGCGUUAGUUUAUCAGCAAAAACAUCAUUAUUAGCUCAUAGAGAUUUAUCUACCUGAAGAUGAAGAAAUUCUCAGAAUUGAUUUUUAUUCCUUUUCCUGUAACUGGCCAUUUGAUAUCCGCAUUAAAACUGGCAAAGCUUCUAGUGAGCAGGGACUACGAGCUUUCAAUAAGAAUCCUUCUCAUCAAAGUCAAAGAUCCUGCUCUGGAUUCAUGCAUCAAGUCUCUAUCUUACAACGAAAGCGAUACCGGAGGCGGGCGGAUUCAGAUCACCGAUGUUCCAGACCCACAAAAAGAACCCUCCUCCGGGGAACAACAACAGAAGAAUCCUUUUUUCAUCCUGGCUGAAAAGGUGGAAAACAAUAAGCCCCGAGUUAGAGAUUUGGUGAGUGGACUAAUGGAUUCGAGUUCGAGUAAUAAAAUUUCCGGAAUUGUUGUGGACAUGUUCACCUCUCAAAUGAUCGAUGUGGCCAAUGAGUUUGAACUUCCAACUUAUUGCUACUAUGCUUCCGGCGCUGCCACGGUGGGCUUCUGGAGUUAUCUCAGGAAUCCUGAGACAAAAGAAGUUGACCCAACGGAAUUCAGGGAUUCAGACACAGAGAUUUCAAUCCCAACAUUCGUUAAUCCUGUCCCUGCUAAACUCUUUCCUUUGCCUGUAUUUUACAAAGAAGGUUUCCCCAUGUUUCUCAAAAUCAGCAACAGGUUGAUGGAAACAAAAGGAAUCUUGAUCAAUACUUUCCAGGAUUUAGAAUCUUAUGCGUUAUCAUCGGGCCUGAUUUCCUCCAGGGAAUCUAAAUUCCCGCCAGUCUAUCCAAUUGGACCUCUUAUAAACUUUGAUGGAAUUAAUAUUACUAGCCCUGAAGAUGAUGAUCAGGACCUGAAUGCGGAAAUUGUAAUGAAUUGGCUUGAUGAUCAGCCUGAUUCAUCUGUAGUUUUCCUCUGCUUUGGGAGUGGCGGCUUCUUCGAUGGAAAUCAAGUGAAGGAAAUUGCCAAUGCAUUGGAACAAAGCGGAUAUAAAUUCUUGUGGUCUCUUAGAAGUCCUGAUGGUGAAUUGCAUGAAGAAAUCUUGCCAGAAGGAUUCUUACAGCGUAUUUCAGGCAACGGAAAAGUCAUUGGAUGGGCGCCACAGGUUAAAGUUUUAGGCCAUCGGGCUAUCGGAGGAUUUGUGACGCACUGUGGAUGGAAUUCGAUUCUGGAAAGUGUUUGGUUUGGUGUGGCAAUGGCGGUUUGGCCAAUGUAUGCUGAGCAGCAAAUGAAUGCUUUCUUGCUGGCCAAAGAUUUGGGUGUGGCGGUGGAGGUUAAGAUGGAUUACACCGUUGAUCCUUUUAGCAAGAAUAAUGCUACUGUCAAAGCGGAUGUAAUUGAAAAUGGGAUUAGGGAGUUGAUGCAACAACCAGAUGGUAGCGAAAUUCGGAAGAAGAUGAAAGGAUUAAUGGAGAAAUGUAGAAAUUCCAUAGCUGAUCAAACUGGUUCUUCUUACAUUUCCUUGGAAUGUUUCUUGAAUGAUUUGCAUGGUGUUCAUUGAUUGCAUUGGAUGCUAUAUGGAAACUAAAGAAAAAAGAAAUUAGAAAAUUCUGUUGCGGAACGAAGGAGUUUUUCUUAGCAAAUUUUUUCAAAAAUGACUUGUUCUCGUUGACCUAAAAUAGUACCACAACGAAACUCUUUGCUUAGAACAAGAGAAUAUCACAAUGUGAGCUAGAUCCAACUUUGUGUUAAUCAUCAUUCAAAUCAAUGUCAUUUUCUUCAUUUUCUUUAUACUAAUCAAAACG